GCCAAUCGACACAAGUACAACUACGUGGCUGCCGCUUUUUAGAAAAUUUACAACAAUUUCCACGAGAAAGGAGUUAAAUCAGCCACGACAUAAUGGAAACAACAGUAACCAAACUGCUGCUAGCAUUAUGUGGACUAAUUAUGCUGUCAACAGCGGCCCAGGCGUUUAUCGUAAAUGUCGAUGCACAUAACGAGGAAUGUUUCUUUGAGAAUGUUGAAGGUGGCACAAAAUUUGGAGUUACAUUCGAGGUGAUUGAUGGCGGCUUCUAUGAUGUGGACAUCAAAAUCACCGGCCCCGAUCAGCACGUAAUGUACGAGACCGAAAAGGAAUCAUCGGGAAAAUACACAUUUGUUGCACCAUCGAAGGGAGCCUACACCGUUUGCUUCAACAACGAGCGCAGCAGCAUGACACCCAAGCUCAUCAUGUUCUCCAUUGAAUUGGGCGAACCACCGCAACGUGCACCCGGUGCACCUGGCCAGGAAGAGGUCGGACACACCAAGCUCGAGGACAUGAUACUCGAGCUUUCGGGCAAGUUGACCAGCGUCAAGCACGAGCAGGAAUACAUGCACGUGCGUGACAAGAUUCAUCGUUCGGUCAAUGAAAGCACCAACUCCCGUGUCGUCUUGUGGUCCACAUUUGAGGCUCUGGUCCUGGUGCUCAUGACCGUCGGACAGGUGUAUUACCUUAAGCGUUUCUUUGAGGUCAAGCGCGUUGUUUAAUCCUUGUGCAACAUCCUUUACGUUGCGCACGUGUAUAGAUGGAAUGUAUAUGUGUGGCAGUCUCAGCCUAAUUUUAACUGAUAAAUUAAAUAAUUUUUUUGUAACAAAAUUUAAACAC